GCCCGCACAGCCGCGGGGGCCCGGGCGGGGGGCCAUGCCGUGCGGGCGGGAGGAGGAGGAAGCCGGCGACGAGGCGGAGGGGGAGGAGGACGACGACAGCUUCCUCCUGCUGCAGCAGUCGGUGACUCUGGGCGGCUCGGCGGACGUGGACCAGCUCAUCGCCCAGAUCGGCGAGACGCUGCAGCUAGACGCGGCGCACGAGGGUCCGGCCUCGCCGUGUGCUGCCCCGGACCCCCCGCCCCCGCCCCCGCGGGUGUUGGCGACGCUGCCGGCUGACACGGCCCGGGCCCCAGCGAGGCGGUUGCUACGGCCGGCAGCGCCUGCGGAGGCCCGGGACCCGGCGCCCCCGGGAGCCGUGCGCUGCGUGUUGGGAGAGCGCGGGCGCGUGCGGGGCCGGGCGGCGCCCUACUGCGUGGCGGAGCUCGCCGCGGGCCCCAGUAUGCUGUGUCCUCUGGCCCCGCAACCCGGCCUUGAGGGGCCCCCAGGGACCGACAAGUCAAGCAUCCCGCAGCCUCUGUCCGGCCCGUGCCGGCGGGGUUGGCUCCGGAGCUCAGCCGCGUCCCGCCGCCUGCAACAGCGACGCGGAUCUCAGCCCGAUUCCCGCACGGGCGACGACGAUCCGCACCGGCUCCUGCAGCAGCUCGUGCUCUCGGGAAACCUCAUCAAGGAGGCGGUUCGGAGGCUUCAUUCGCGACGGCUACAACUACACGCAAAGCUUCCCUCGCACUCGUUCCUCGGGCCUCUGUCAGCCCCGGUGCAUGAGCCGCCUUCGCCCGGGAGCCCUCGCGCGGCCUGCAGCGACCCAGGCGCUUGCGCGAGGAGGGCGCGGCUCAGAACUGGAGAGGACCUUCUUGUCCCUGGCAGCUAACAACCAAGGUGGCCACAGCACCAGCCUCUAGCUGGGUACCAAGGGGUUCAUCCAGGGCUGCACCUCGCCCCGGCUAGUGGAGGACUCGAGCAUUUGAAAACAGGAAAAUAAGCUAAGGAAGACAGCCGAAAGAUCGCAAAUAUUUUUAUGGGGUAACUAAAGUUGAGAGCUCCAAACUGUUUGAAAUCCACGACUUAGGCUUGUUUAAGGCACAUUUUUAUAGAGCGCACCGCGGGCUGUCAGCAGGACUCCUUUUUUGGCAUGAUCCGACCUAAUUGCUGCAAUUCCACGCAGACUCCUGGGCAAGCGGGCGACCACGUGGCCACGGUGCAUGCUCUCAAAAUCGGAUCAGCCAGCCCGAGAACGAAGAACGAUGAUCCAGUUACUGUACUUUUCAGGACUGGUUCCUGAUCCACUUUGGUGGGAGGGGUGACAAGAGGACAUAAUUUUGGGAAGCACCCCAAAAUGCCACACGUGAACAUUUUACGACAGUUUAAAAGACCAUCUCUUAUCUUGCGGUGCUGGUUUCAAUGUAAAACAUGCGGUACCACGAAAGGACCCUCAGGCUGAAUAGAAGUAACUUUUCCUGUUCCUUUUUUUGCACCUGAUUGCUGUUACUGGAGUGAUAAGGGAAAGUUGUACCCCACGGGUGUCGGG